AUGCUAAAUCGUUUCUCGAAACGGAACGAUGAAAAGAACGCUGUCGAAGUGCAGAAGGAUGUUUCUAGCAUCGACGACAACUCUUCCAAGGAGGUAUAUGAGAUCGAGGACCAGGAGAUCCACCACUUGGACAGAGACAAGUCUAACGCCGAGUCUAACUUUGCGCUAGGCGAGGAUGACGACUUUGAAGCUCCUACCGAGGAGGAGUUGAAGACGCUGAGACAUGUCGCCGGCCACAUCCCACUUAGAUGUUGGUUGAUCGCCAUCGUCGAGUUAUCCGAGAGAUUCUCUUACUACGGUCUGUCCGCUCCUUUCCAGAACUACAUGCAGAACGGUCCUAACGACAAUCCAAAGGGUUUGUUGGGUCUAAAGUCCCAAGGUGCCACCGGUCUGUCCUACUUCUUCCAAUUUUGGUGUUACGUUACCCCCGUGUUCGGUGGUUGGGUCUCUGAUACUUACUGGGGUAAGUACAACACCAUCUGUGUCGGUACUUUCAUCUACGUCUGCGGUAUCUUCAUCUUGUUCAUCACUUCUAUCCCUGGUGUCACCAACUCUGACGGUGCCCUAGGUGGUUUCAUCGCUGCUAUCAUCUUAAUCGGUAUUGCUACAGGUAUGAUCAAGUCUAACUUGUCCGUGUUGAUUGCUGACCAACUGCCAAACAAGAAACCUAGAGUUGUCAUCACAAAGAAAGGUGAAAGAGUCAUCGAAGAUCCAAACUUGACUUUGCAAAACGUCUUCAUGUUCUUCUACUUCACCAUUAACGUCGGCUCUUUGUCUGUCAUGGCCACUACCGAGUUGGAAUACCACAAGGGUUUCUGGGCUGCUUACUUGCUACCUUUCUGUUUCUUCUGGGUCGCCGUCGCCGUCUUGGUCUUUGGUAGAAACCAAUACAUCAAGCCACCUGUCGGUGACAAGGUCAUCUCUAAGUCCUUCAAAGUGUUGUACAUCUUGUCCAAGAACAAGUUUAACGCUGAAGCCGCUAAGCCUUCUUUCAACCCAGACAAGAACUUCCCAUGGUCCGACAAGUUCGUCGACGAGAUCAAGAGAGCCCUACAAGCUUGUAAAGUGUUUGUCUUCUACCCUGUCUACUGGGUCUGUUACGGUACUAUGUUGAACAACUUCGUCACCCAAGGUGGUACUAUGGAAUUGCACAACUUGCCAAACGAUUUCUUGCAAGCUUUCGACUCCAUCGCUUUGAUUAUCUUCAUCCCAAUCUUUGAAAGAUUUGUCUACCCAUUCAUUAGAAGAUACACACCUUUGAGACCAAUCACAAAGAUUUUCUUCGGUUUCAUGGUCGGCUCCGGUGCUAUGGUCUGGGCCGCCGUUCUACAACACUUCAUCUACACUAAGGGUCCAUGGUACGACCACCCAUUGGACCACGACACACCAAACCACAUUCACGUCGCAUGGCAAAUUCCUGCUUACGUCUUGAUCGCCAUCUCUGAAAUUUUCGCUUCUAUCACUGGUCUAGAGUACGCUUACUCCAAGGCCCCAGAAUCUAUGAAAUCCUUCAUCAUGUCCAUCUUCUUGUUGACCAACGCCUUCGGUUCCGCCAUCGGUUGUGCUUUGUCUCCAGUCUCUGUCGAUCCAAAGUUCGUCUGGUUCUACACUGGUUUGGCCUGUGCUUGUUUCAUCGCCGGUUGGGUCUUCUGGUUCAUCUACAGUGGUUUGAACGAUGAAGAAGAAGCUAUGAAUGCCUUGGACUACGAACACGAUGAGUUCAUGUACAAGCAUCACAGCGAUGACGAAGAGGCUGCUGAACACGUCAGAAGCAUCAAGUCUGAAAAGUCAUAG